AUGCCAUCCAUCAGUAUUGUAACAUGUACUGGUCAUGCGGUUGGUUCAGGACUAGCGCUCGCUCUAUGCCAUGACUAUGUUGUCAUGCAACGUGGUCGGAAUGUUUUGUAUAUGUGCGAGAUCCAAUUGGGGAUAUCAUUACCAGACUAUGGGGUUGAGUUGAUCAAAUCAAAGGUGGAAAAGUCGGAUUCCCUUAGAGACAUAUUGUUGGGUGGAAUGAAGGUUAAGGCGGACCAGGCAGUGGCGAUGGGGUUAGUUGACAUGGCGUGUGACAGCGCAGAGAGUGCGGUUGACGGCGGAGUGCGCAUGGGAAAAGAGUUAGCAAAGAAGAAGUUCAACGGGGAUCGAGGUCUAUGUGGAAAUACGUAA